AAAAAAAAAUUGGUCGUAGGAAUAACAGUUUCACACUUUCCCAAUUCCCCCUCCUCUGAUGUCAAAAAAAAAAAAAAAAAAAAAAAAAACAUUAUAUCAUCAUCGUCAGCAUCCUCUCUUUCUUCAGCAACAUAACAGAUCCCAAUCAAAGCAAAUCUCAUCUGGUCCUGGUCCUGGUUCUGAUAAGGUUGAUAUCAAGCUCCAUCAAAACUAAAUGUCUGGAAUCCUAAGAUGGAAGAAGCAGCUCUACCAAAUAGUUACGGUUCAUCAUCGCUUCACUCAGGUCUCACCCAUCUCCACUCACCUCAACCACCUCCACAUAACCACCCAUCGACGCCGUGAGUCCCUCGUCGGAGUCCAAGAGCGCUACAAGUGGGACCAUGGCGGUUCCCACGAUACCCGCACUCGCAAGAUCAGAGCCGAGGCAAAUUGCCCUCGUUGUUCCUUCAACCGCAUGGACCUUCUCUUCUCUUCCAGUGUCCGCUUCCCCAAUCUCAUGCCUUCUCCCCCUUCGUCGGAUGCCCCCUCGUCCGAUUUACAGGCAGUUAAUCUCUGCCCCAAUUGCAAAACCGCAUACUACUUCCGUCCCAACCGUACUGCCCCUCUCCAAGGCACCUUCGUCGAGAUUGGAAGGCUAACUAACACCAAAGUCCACGACCAGGACAAGAAGGGUACCUCUAGAAAUAGUAGCUCCAAUGAUGAUGUCGAGCUGGGCUCUCUCAAUAAUAAGUUUAAAACCUCGUUUUGGAACACGUUGAGAUCAUAUGGUAAUGGUGCCGAACCUCCUGAGAAUUGGCCACCACCACCGCCUCCUUCUCCUCCUCCUCGUUCCAAUGGACUGACCGUACACACUCCACCAGGCCCGCCCUUCGCACCUGGCGUUAAUGUGAUUCGAGCAUCGGGUUCAGGUUCAGGCCCCGCUGGAAAUGGCUCUGCUGCUAGUGCCGCAGACAAACAAGGCUGGGGUGGCUCCAAUCUGGGGAAGGAUUUACCCACGCCAAAGGAGAUUUGCAAGGGUCUUGAUAAGUUCGUUAUUGGCCAACAAAGGGCCAAAAAGGUGCUUUCUGUGGCUGUUUAUAAUCACUACAAAAGAAUCUACCAAACCUCCUUACAAAAAGGGUCAGGAACAGAAACUGGAAUUCCCAAGACAACGUAUGAUGACGAUGAUGAUGAUAACGUGGAGCUAGAAAAGAGCAACGUUCUUCUGAUGGGUCCAACUGGCUCAGGGAAAACAUUACUUGCAAAGACGCUAGCUCGGUUUGUGAAUGUGCCUUUUGUCAUUGCUGAUGCAACAACAUUAACACAGGCUGGUUAUGUUGGAGAAGACGUUGAAUCAAUUUUGUAUAAAUUACUUGCGGCAGCAGAAUUUAAUGUUCAAGCAGCACAGCAAGGGAUGAUUUACAUCGAUGAAGUUGACAAGAUAACCAAGAAGGCUGAAAGCUUAAAUAUAAGCAGAGAUGUUUCCGGUGAAGGUGUUCAGCAGGCGUUACUGAAAAUGCUUGAAGGAACUAUAGUUAAUGUUCCUGAGAAGGGGGCAAGAAAGCAUCCUAGGGGUGAUAACAUACAGAUAGAUACGAAAGAUAUUCUUUUUGUAUGUGGUGGGGCCUUUGUUGAUCUUGACAAAACAAUUUCAGAAAGAAGGCAGGAUUCCUCUAUUGGGUUUGGUGCUCCUGUCCGUGCUAACAUGAGAGGUACCAGUGUAACUAGUGCCGCAAUCACGUCAACUUUACUUGAAUCGGUUGAAAGUUCUGACCUUAUUGCAUAUGGUCUCAUACCGGAGUUUAUUGGACGUUUUCCAAUAUUAGUUAGUUUAUCAGCUUUGACUGAGGAUCAACUUGUUCAGGUCCUCAUGGAGCCUAAAAAUGCUCUUGGUAAGCAGUACAAGAAACUUUUUAGCAUGAACAAUGUAAAGCUACACUUUACUGAGAAAGCAAUGAGAAUGAUUGCAAAUAAGGCAAUGUCUAAGAAUACAGGUGCCAGGGGUCUGAGAGCGAUACUCGAAAGUACUCUGACUGAGGCGAUGUACGAGAUUCCUGAUGUCAAGACAGGAAAUGAAAGGAUAGAUGCUGUAGUAGUCGAUGAAGAGUCUGUAGGGUCAGUGGAUACUCCUGGAUGUGGAGGGAAGAUUCUUUGUGGUGAAGGCGCAUUAGAAAGAUACCUAGCAGAAAACAAGUUGAAGAAUUCAGUGGAAAAGGUAGAGGGGGGUGACGGCGAUUUGCAAGAUACAGAUUCUGAACUUCCCUCAAGAGCCAUGAGCAUGUAACACUAAUACCAUCUCAUUCAUUCUUAUCAUUUGUUUGUCAUUGUUAUUUGUAAAAAUCUCAUUUAUGAUUCUGUGUAAUUAUCCCCUUGUAAAACAGCGUAGGUUCUCAUUCAAAUUCUUCAAAGAAAUAUAGGAUAGAUUUUUUUUUUUACAGAAUUUCAUAAACCAGAAUAAUGUAUGAAUUAUUUAACUAAUAACAAAUGAAGGGGCACCAGUUUACACAGGC